CCGGGCGCACUGAAGUGGACACUACAAGCAGCGCACAUCGCGCAGUAAAGAAAACAGAUGUGCGUGUUUUUAAAAAGAAAAUAGUCUAGGCUAUUUGAGAUUCCAUUCACUGUAGCGAAUUGUUUGGAAUGGCUUGUCUCAUGGCAGCCUUCUCAGUUAAUAAUACAAUUGUCACCAACUCCAUCAUUAUGAAUGCCAAUGGUCCCCCGGAUCUGAUGCUAGACCCCAGGACUGUGUGUGUUUCCAUCGAUGAGGCGGUCAAUAACCACAUGGGCAGUCAACAGACUCCUUUGUUGCAAGGGCACCUAAAGAAAGUGGAGAACAAUCUGACAGAGGCCCAGCGUUUUUCUUAUUUACCUCGUAGACCAGCUGUCAACAUUGAAUUCAAAGACAUAUCUUAUUCAGUUCCAGAGGGGCCAUGGUGGAGAAAGAAAGGUUACAAGACACUGUUGAAGGGGAUUUCUGGGAAGUUCACCAGCGGAGGCCUGGUGGCUAUCAUGGGUCCCUCAGGAGCCGGGAAGUCUACACUGAUGAACAUACUGGCCGGAUACAGGGAAACUGGUAUGAAAGGGGAGAUACUGAUUAACAACCAGCCAAGGGACUUGCGCUCUUUCCGGAAGGUGUCCUGCUACAUCAUGCAGGAUGACAUGCUUCUCCCUCACCUGACGGUACACGAGGCCAUGAUGGUGUCAGCUAAUCUCAAGCUGCAGGAAAAGGAGGAGGGCAGGAGAGAGAUGGUGCGAGAGAUCCUGACUGCCCUGGGCCUGCUGGAGUGUGCAAAAACACGUACAUCCCACCUGUCUGGAGGCCAGAGGAAAAGACUAGCCAUAGCCCUGGAGCUCGUCAACAACCCCCCUGUCAUGUUCUUUGACGAGCCCACCAGCGGGCUGGACAGUUCAUCCUGCUUCCAGGUGGUGUCCCUGCUCAAGGCUCUGGCUCAAGGAGGACGCACCGUUAUCUGCACCAUCCACCAGCCCAGCGCCAAGCUCUUCGAACUCUUUGAUAAGCUGUAUGUUCUGAGCCACGGUCAGUGCAUCUACAGAGGGAAAGUGUCCAACCUUGUUCCUUACCUCAGAGAACUUGGACUCAACUGUCCCACUUAUCAUAACCCAGCAGACUUUGUGAUGGAGGUUGCGUCUGGAGAGUAUGGGGACCAGACAGCCCGUCUGGUGAAAUCCCUGCAGGACAGGAAGUGUGAGAAGGACUACAAUACAGAACUCAACGGGGAUGGAACACACAACCCCUUCCUGUGGCACAAACCUGCAGAGGAGGACUCCACAUCUACAGAGGGCUGCCACAGCUUCUCUGCCAGCUGCAUGACUCAGUUCUGCAUCCUUUUCAAAAGGACCUUCCUCAGCAUCCUGAGGGAUUCUGUGCUGACUCACUUGCGUAUCAUGUCGCACAUUGGUAUUGGAAUCCUGAUAGGGCUUCUCUACCUGGGCAUUGGAAACGAGGCUAAAAAGGUUCUCAGUAACUCAGGAUUCCUCUUCUUCUCCAUGCUCUUCCUCAUGUUUGCCGCCCUCAUGCCCACUGUGCUUACAUUCCCUCUGGAGAUGGGUGUGUUCCUUAGAGAACAUCUGAACUACUGGUACAGUCUGAAGGCGUACUAUCUGGCCAAGACUAUGGCUGAUGUGCCCUUCCAGAUUGUGUUCCCAGUGGCUUACUGCAGCAUCGUGUACUGGAUGACCUCACAGCCAUCAGAUGCAGUUCGCUUCAUCCUCUUCCUGGCCCUGGGGGUGCUAACCUCUCUGGUGGCCCAGUCUCUGGGCCUGCUGAUUGGAGCAGCAUCCACCUCUCUGCAGGUUGCCACGUUUGUGGGUCCUGUAACCGCUAUUCCUGUAUUACUCUUCUCCGGCUUCUUUGUCAGUUUCGACACCAUUCCCAAAUAUCUUCAGUGGAUGUCGUACAUAUCAUAUGUCAGGUAUGGUUUUGAGGGCGUCAUCCUCUCCAUCUAUGGGUUGGACCGAGAGGACCUCCACUGCGACAAAGACGAAACCUGCCACUUCCAAAAGUCAGAAGCCAUCCUAAGAGAACUGGACGUGGAAGAUGCCAAAUUGUAUCUGGACUUCAUAGUUCUCGGCAUCUUCUUCGUGUCUCUCCGACUCAUCGCUUACUUUGUCCUGCGCUAUAAAAUCAGUGCUGAGAGAUAGACUGAGAGGAAGGGACAGGAACCGGGCACAGAUCACAGAUCGGGUGUUACCGGUCUCAGGCACACCUUCAGAAGACUCUCCGUCAGUCCUCCAAGCAGCAGCACCAAGCCUGCUCCACACAUGCCAAACACUUGGCCCGCAUCUUUCCACAUAUGAGUGUGCGCAACUGAAUUUAGUUUUGUCAUUUAAAAAACAAACAAAAACAGCAAUGAGACGGAGAAGCAUCUCCAUGUUAGGUGUUAAAAGAUAAAUCUUGUAUGAGAACAAGAUAGAAGAAAUACCAGAUGAUAUGAACCUAGGGCUUAUGCUAGUAGACUGCAGUCUCUAGACCGGUUUGUGUGGCCUGUUUAUCUUCUGAAAUUAAUUGGACAUUUAGAGCCACAUUUGAACAGGAGCUGGUCUCCUCUCGUUGGCUUUUAAGAAGUGCCAGAUAAGGUAGGGCCCAAUACCAGGACCCUCUGUUCACUAAGAGAAUCAGAAUGUACUGUAUGGUGUGCUACAAGAUUAGCUUCUAAAAUGUGAACGUGGCAAUGCAAAGGUGGUUGUAGCAUGUAGAUUUGAGGGGUCUUAACUCUGCAGUGAGACCGGUGAAACACUAUUGAUCCUGUACGAGGGUAACACAAGAGUAGAAAGGGAAGAGUAGACUAGUUAAUCCUUGCACAGUCGGCUCUCACUCAAUCAAAGCAUUUCAGGAAGGCUAGUGCUUUGGGAUUUGCUUCACAAGACGUAUGCACACAGUACUGUCCACAUUACCAAAAGGACUUAAUGAUGCCAGUCUUUAUGGGAAGGAUUUAACAUUCCCCUCUCCCCCCUUCUUGUUAGAGGUCUGCUUUUAACAACAUAGACAUGAUUAUGUCCUUGUGGCAGCUUGAACUAUAUGGAUUAUAUUUGUUUACUGUGAGGAGCAUGCACCAACCACAUCUGUAUAUCACAAUAGUGUUGGCACAGUGACCCCUUGUGGUGUGACCUACCAUGGUGACGUAGCUCCUUGAAAUUGUUUGAGUACUUCAUCUAUGUUGAGGUUUAUGUGUGUGGUCAAGAAAGUACACAUUUAGAUCGUUUUUUAAGAUUUCGUACUGUCGUCCUGCCUUGACCAUGCACAUUCAACAUCUGCUUCAUAUAAUCAUUGGUCCACACAUAGGACAUGGUGUGGUUUAAAUCUCAACUUUUCACCUGCAUACUGUAACCACUGAAGCUUCGAAGGAUUGGAGAACCACUCCAUGUCUCUUUAGGACUUUUUUUUUUUUUUUAUUUCCUGUGUCGAGGAGAUCAAUGGAUUCAAACUUUACGUUAUUUGAUAAUGCAAUUAUCAAUGCAACUCUUUAGUUAAACCUGAUGGUGAUCGGUAUGUGUUUUGUCAUCAUGUGCUAUUGUGUGUUGCUGUAUUUUAAAAUGAGGAAGUACUUUCUGGUUCAUCGAGGCUCUGUAAGAAUCAUGCAGUGAAAAUUGUACGUGUAACGUUCCUUUCAAGUAUGUUUUCAUGUCAGUGUUAUGACCAUCUAAUCUGUACCUCUAGUAUGUCACUUUUCUAGAGGGGGGAGUCUUUGUCACAUCUUUAAAGCCUCAAUUUUCAAAACGAUUUUAAGGACGUGGGGCAUUCAUUUUGGUAUCUUAGUUUCUUUUGCUUUGCUUCUUAUCUUUUCUAACAUUGUUUUACUAGGGAUAUUCAUAGAGUCUUGCAUCUGACUCAAACUGUAUUUCAGUCAUGUUUUGGUGUCCAUUUAUUGACAUUCUAUACAUUUUUAGUCAAUUUAUAUUUUCUCUAAA